UAAGAACAUUAUUUUUAUAUUACAGCAGACAACUAAGGUCUGAAAAAUUACUCCUUUCUUCUUUGACAGACACACACCAAUCAAACAGACAUUAAUCGACAGACUUCAUGGUGUGACUAAUUAAUCUGUUGGAUGUAAUCCAGAAACAGUAUGGUUUAAAGUUUAAAGUUUGUAGAUUGGAAAUUGAAGAAGUAAAUGGAAGGAAGAUGAAGGAACCGGCGACAAGAGAGAAAAUUAGGCAACCCCAUUAGCUAUUGUCGCAGUUUUGGAGUAGUAAGAUGACGACGACGUUUCAAAGAGAGGGUAGAGGUUCCACGCGUUCACCUAUACAUGCGGGACAGCGCUGUCUAAGCUCAUGUGAAUGCCCUCUAUAUAAACCACUCCUCCUGCAUAAUUUCACUACCACCAGUGCUCUCAUGGCUACUCAAGUAUAGACUGCAUUCACGUAGCACAGCAGAUACAGUGAAGAUGGACGAGGGCAAAGCAGCAGCUCAGAAAUCUGUUCAGACUUUUGAUCCUCAAAAGGCCCCCAAAAGGAACAAGUUUGCUUUCGCUUGUGCCAUAUUGGCUUCCAUGACUUCCAUAUUACUUGGCUAUGACGUUGGGGUGAUGAGUGGAGCGGUGAUAUAUAUAAAGAGGGACCUGAAACUGACGGACGUGCAAAUCGAGAUCGUGGUAGGAAUCAUCAACCUUUACUCUCUGAUUGGUUCGUGUCUCGCCGGGAGAACCUCGGACUGGAUCGGUCGGCGUUACACGAUCGUCGUGGCCGGAGGCAUCUUCUUCGCCGGAGCCAUCCUGAUGGGAUUCUCUCCAAACUAUCCCUUUUUGAUGUUCGCGCGGUUUGUGGCGGGCGUGGGCAUCGGUUAUGCUCUGAUGAUUGCUCCGGUCUACACGGCGGAAGUGUCCCCUCCUUCGUGUCGUGGUUUUCUGACCUCCUUCCCCGAGGUAUUCGUGAAUGGAGGGAUAUUACUGGGAUACAUAUCAAACUACUGCUUUUCGAAGCUGCCACUUCACCUGGGAUGGAGGAUGAUGCUGGGAGUGGGGGCGGUGCCUUCGGUGAUCCUGGCAGUGGGAGUGUUAGCCAUGCCGGAGUCACCACGCUGGCUGGUCAUGAGAGGUAGGCUCGGCGAAGCCACAAAAGUUCUCAACAAAAUCUCCGACUCUCCCCAAGAGGCUCAGCUCAGGCUAGCAGAUAUCAAAGCCGCGGCUGGGAUCCCGGAGGACUGCAACGACGACGUCGUUCAAGUGACCAACCAGAAUAGCGGCGGAGAGGGUGUAUGGAAAGAGCUAAUCCUUUACCCAACACCCGCGGUGCGUCACAUCCUCAUCUCCGCUCUAGGCCUCCACUUCUUCCAACAGGCUUCCGGCAUAGACGCCGUGGUGCUGUACAGCCCCGAGAUUUUCAAAAAGGCUGGCCUGGAAUCCGACGCCGAGCAGCUUCUGGCGACCGUGGCCGUUGGAUUCGCCAAGACCGUUUUCAUCUUGGUGGCUACGUUUUUGUUGGAUCGGGUCGGGCGUCGGCCCUUGUUAUUGACCAGCGUUGGCGGCAUGGUCUUCUCGCUUCUCACGCUGGGCGUAAGCCUCACCAUCAUUGAUCGCUCACGCGCCGUGAUCAAAUGGGCCAUUGGCCUGAGCAUAGGUAUGGUUUUGUCCUACGUGUCGACGUUCUCCGUUGGGGCGGGUCCCAUAACGUGGGUGUACAGCUCGGAGAUCUUCCCGUUGAGGCUACGCGCCCAGGGUGCGGCUAUGGGAGUUGUGGUGAAUAGGGUGACGAGUGGAGUUAUCUCAAUGACGUUCUUGUCCCUGUCUGAUAAGAUCACUAUUGGUGGGGCCUUCUUCAUCUUCGGGGGAAUCGCGAUGUGUGGAUGGAUCUUUUUCUUUACCAUGCUCCCCGAAACACAGGGCAAGACCCUUGAGGAAACGGAAGGGUCUUUUGGUAAAUUCUUGUCAUGGUCCAAAAGCAAUGGUAAUAAGGACAGUGAGAACAAUGCAGAGAUACAAAUGGCGAAUUAGGAAGAGCAAGACAUAAUAAUGGCGCUUUAAUAGCUUUCAGUACUAAUUGUCUACUUCAGAUUAUAUUGGUUUGGUAUUCUACAACGUAGUAUUAUCGUACUUCUCUUUAUGAAAGUAUGGUAACAUUUCAACAUUCGAACCAAAGCUACGCUUUUAAAAUACUAAUAUUUGUAAUGUAACAUUUCCUUUUCCCCUCGAUAUUGUUUGAACAUUCGAUCGAAUUUUAUUACCU